AUGGGAUCGGUAGUUAAAAAAAGGCUCGACAAGACUUGGAGCUUGGUGAACUUCAAUACUGAGAAGAAUGGGUCCGUUGAAUCUCAGUUAUUGGUCGACAUUCCAGACUCUGCAAACUUCGAUGAUAUUUUGUCCAAUACGAGCAGUGAUGAAUCAGACUGUCCUACGAAACCGGAUACGGCAGAUAGUACUAGUGGGGAGGGAAGCUGCGAUUUUACGCAGGCUAGUGAUUAUGGACACAGCACUUUAGUACAUGCAGAUUCUGACGGUGGUGAUAAUUUUGAGGAAAUAGAAGAUGAUGAUGUCAUCUCGCGAGGCCGGAUAAUGGUCAAUCAUUUAUUGAUGAGAAUCAAUAAUUUAUCUACUUUGCAGAUAAUUUUGUUAACAUCGUCUGCGACAGUGAUGGCAUGCUACUGUUUUCAACGGUUGUGGUUUCUGAUGGAACCUAGAGCUGGUUUGAGUAUGGAUGAUUCUUUAACGCCAUCUAUUCUUGGUUACAAUCAUGAUAAUACGUUAGUCUUCAACAAUGUUGAGAUAAUGGUGCCUUUCGAAAAGUAUGGAACUAAGAAGUUCAUUGUAGAUUUCGAGAAGAAGGUUGCAUAUCCUGUUACAGAUCCUGAAGAUUUUGUUCCGACGCAGGCGGGAAAGUUUAUUGUAUCGAAACUGUUAGGGUAUCAACUGACUCUGUUUUAUAAAUUACAUUACGAAUGGCUCCCGAUGCUUACUUAUAAAUACCAAGUCCUCAGUAAUCAUAUCAAUGAAGGCAUAUCUAUAACGAACGAGAAGUUCGAGAGCUGUGUCGUCCCUAGUUGCGUUAGACUGGCUAACAAGGCAAGAGUAGUCGCAAGUGAUGGUGUGCUAAAAAUAAAAACUAUACAUAUUCAAAGGACGUGCCAAGCGGUGGGAACUUCAUGUGAUGAGAUAGUAAAUGUAUUAAAUAACACUCUUGGAGGGCUCCAGAGUAUUUUGUCUCCUUGGGUGACGGAAGCUAACCAAUUUAUAAAAUACGGUUAUGAACGGAUGGCGUACCAGAUAAAGGUUGAGUGGAACAUUAUCGGUCGCUGGAGUAGCAAGAAAUGGUUCUUAGUAUCCAGGCAGGCGCAGAAGUAUAUUAACAUGCUUAAACAUAUUAUUGCCUAA